CUGCUCGUCCUUCUUCCGGGUCUGGUCCUGCCUCCUGCCUCCACGUGUUUGAGUUACUCUGCCAUGGAUCGUGAAACUGUUUAAAAUCCACUUUGCCGCUUGACGGAGUUCAACAAGCUCAUAAAAUGGCAUCUGAAGCCAAGCGGCUCAAGGUGGACGAUGACACUUCCCUGCAGGACUUCCUUCGGUGGUGCGACGGCGUAGGUCUAGUGCUCAGCACCAAGGUGCGAGUGAGCAAAGAAGGUGUGGUGGCCGACUAUGGGAUGUUGGCUCAGGAUGACAUUGAGAAAGGUGAAGUGUUGUUCACCAUCCCCAGAUCGGCUCUUCUUCACCAGGGCACGACCCACGUCGCAUCCCUGCUGGAGCGAGAGAAGUUCUCCUUGGAAAGCACUUCAGGCUGGGUGCCACUCCUUCUAGCUCUGCUGUACGAAUAUACCACAGCGCAGUCCAAAUGGAAACCAUACCUGUCAUUAUGGACCGACUUCAAGAUGCUGGACCACCCCAUGUUCUGGUCCAAAGAAGAGCGAGAUGGACUCCUGAGGGGAACCGGUAUACCAGAGGCAGUGGAGAAAGACCUGGAUAACAUUCAGAGGGAAUACAAAGAUGUGGUCCUGCCUUUCAUUACCAAACAUCCAGACAUGUGGAACACCCGCACGCACACUCUGGAGCUGUACACGCAGCUAGUGGCUUUUGUCAUGGCCUACAGUUUCCAAGAGCCACAAGAAGAAGCGGAUGAUGAUGAAGAUGAUGAUGAGGGAAAGGCUCCCAAUCCACCUAUGAUGGUUCCCAUGGCCGAUAUGCUCAACCAUGUUUCCAAGCACAAUGCCAAUCUGGAGUUUAUGCCAGACACUUUGAAGAUGGUAUGCGUGCAUCCCAUCAAAAAAGGCGAGGAAGUGUUCAAUACGUACGGGCAAAUGGCUAACUGGCAGCUGCUGCACAUGUACGGCUUCACCCAGCCGCCUUCCGACAAUACUGACGACACCGCCGACAUCCCCAUCAUCAACCUGUACAAAGCGGCCACAACAGGUUCAUCUCAUGAUCAUUCCAAGCCAGAUGGAGAUCCACAACUCUUGGAGAUGUGGGAGUUGCUACGGGAUAAAGGACCGUUUGUUUUCGGCAAACAUGGCUGCCUCACCGACAUGGAGUUGCACAGUGUGCUCAAGGUGCUGUGCAUGUCCAGGGACGAGUUCUCCGAGUUGAAAGAUAAUGACGGAUGGGAGGACGAGGAGGACGAGGAGAUCAUUUCUCAGGCAUUCUCCAAUGACGGGCUGUCUGGAUUAAAGACCAAGUGGAAGUGGCUCAUCCACGAAGCGGUGCGUCUGACCAUGAGGGGCUACCCCGAUGUGGACCAGGACAGAGUCCUGAUGGAAGACCAGGUUUUGCUACAGAGACUGAGCAGCAGGCAGAGGAAGGCACUGCAUGUCAGAUAUGGACAGAAAAGCAUCCUGGAAAAAGUCAUGGAGCUCACAAAGACAUGAAAAAAAUGUUUUUCCUCUGCAAUGUC